UGGGGUGGUCAGAAUCAGAGCAAUUGUGGGUUGCAUUGUUGUGUGAAGAUGAGCAGAGUUGGUGAUUCCUUGAACGUGGAUUUGGCUGCUGCAGUGAACAACUUCUUCAAUCUUCCUGAAACCAUGGAGAAGUUCAUGUUUCCUUCUUCUCGUGCCCAUGAUCACCAUGAGACAAGAGGGAUUUCUAGCAUCCCAGUGGACAUUUUGGACACUACCAAUGAAUAUGUAUUCUUCAUGGAUGUUCCUGGUCUCUCUAAAUCUGGAAUUCAGGUGACUGUUGAAGAUGAGAACACGCUUGUUAUUCGAAGCAACGGGAAAAGGAAGCGUCAGGAUGGAGAGGAUGAAGGGUGCAAGUAUCUAAGGUUAGAGAGGAGAGGGCCUCAGAAUUUGCUGAGGAAAUUUCGUUUGCCUGAGAAUGCCAAUGUGUCUGCAAUCACAGCUAAAUGUGAGAAUGGUGUUCUGACUGUGGUUGUUGGGAAGCACCCUCCUCCACCAAAAUCCAAAACUGUGGAAGUUGCUAUUGCUUGAGGGAUAAAUAAUUUGUACUUUGAGCAAGGGUUUCCCUAUUUUUUAUUUUUUUUCAGUUUAGUUUGUUUUUGCUGUUUGCUUAGUGUAGUUAAGGUUGUUUGGUGACAAUGUAAAGUGUCCCAGCCAGUGUUUAUAGUGUUUUUAUUAGCAAUUGAGACCUGUAAUGAAACUUAAUUGAAUUUGUGGCAAGGUAUGUUCUUACGUUUUGAUGAA